AUGGACUCUUUGCUGCGCACCCUCCAAAUCAUGGGCCUCGCCGCCCUGCUCAUGCCAUUGUGGACACACUCCGGACAAACCCCUAAUGGCGUCGUGCGGCGCGACACGUUGAGGCAGAGCCUAUGUUCGACUGUCAACACAGCAACGAUGGCUUCCAACUACAGUCAAUGGCAGAGCCUCGGCCUCUGUUCUGACUACUGCAUUCAGAAAGACUCUGCCUUUGCCAUUGUACAAUACCAGUUAUGCUGGUGUUCCGAUGUCCAGCCGGCUGCGGCCAGCGUCGAGAGCAUCGACAACUGCAGUCAAGAUUGCCCUGGCUAUGACGAAGAGAGCUGCGGAAGGCAACCGAGCAAUUACGGCUACUUCUCCCUCCUGAAGCCUCCCACGUCGACUCAGGGUUCCAACUCCGAAACCUCGACCCGGGAUUCGUCUCCGACCACAGCUACGCCCACUCCUACGCCAUCCGCCGCCCAAACAGUGACCGCAGACGGUACUGUCCGGACCGUCUUUGUCACUCCGAGUACAUCUCCUGACACUUCCGGCUCGAAUACGGAAACAACGCACAACUCUGCCGAAAUGGGAUCCUCAUCGGGAUCCUCCGGCCCUAGCACAGGUACCGUGGUCGGUAUUGUUGUCGGCGUGAUUGCCGGCGUCGUCGCCAUCGCCGCCCUCGUUCUGUGGCUCUUCUUUCGCCGACGCAAGCAGCGUGCUCAGGCAGAGGACGACGAGCCAAGCCAGCGUGGCAGCUCCGCGGGCAUGAUGGGCACUCCUCGUAAUCCCGAAAUGACUGUGACCAUGGAAGGCCGAGCAUGGGAACCGGAAACAACCAGCGAGCAGCGGCGCAGCAGGCUCAUGGCGAUGGAUCCGCGUAUGAACCCGCUUCAACGACCCAUCUACGCACGUAACAAGAGUCACGAGAGCGUCAACACGAUCCAUGACGACCAGGAUUACUCGCGCAGAGUAGCCAAGCCGGUGCUUCGUGCGACGAAUCCGGAUCCAGAUGAUUGA